AUGACAUCCUUCCCCCUUUUCUCCUGUGGAUCAUGCGAGUUCGCUUCGUUCCCUCUUGAAGUCCACGCACCCCAAGAUCUUCCAGACGAGGCAUGCUGGGAGUCGCUCCCCCAGCUUGAUGAGUUCGAAAGCUCUCAGGUAGACCCUUUCCUGGAGCUGGUCGACCAAGAAUCGCUACCCCCACUUUACGAGGACGACUGGUUCAUGCAGGCGUUCCCAGGAGACAACUUUUCCUCUGCCGUAUCCGACACGACAUCGGUCAGUGCAUCUCCUGCAGAGCCUCUCAGCCCCGCGCUCGAGGAGGAGACAUCAGCAUGCUCCGAGUCAGCCCACCCAGCACAGAAGGAGUCUUCAUGCAAGACCGUGUUGAUCAACGCCAGGAAGGGUGGAGAGAACAACAACGGGCAGCUCGUGAGGAUAACCAUCGAGGAUCUCCAGAAGCACUUCCAUGAGAGCAUGGAGACCGCGGCAUCCCACCUGGGUAUCGGAAGAUCAACCAUGAAGCAUGUGUGCAGAAGGCUCGGUGUUCCAAAGUGGCCGUACACAAACAAGGGAAAGAAGAGGAGGACCAACAACGCAUCCUAUGUGGACCGGAGCUUUCUCAGCAGCUACCGGGUCAACAUGUGCUACAACGCCUACUGA